AUGAAAGACCAUAAAGAUCACGUAGUGGUGAUCAGCUACGGACCACCACAACAAGGUUCAGUAACGGCGUCGCCUAUCUCUCAUCAGACGCCGUCAGUUCUAACGCCGUCACCGUUUGCUUAUUCCGUCACGACGUCAACGUCAAGAUUCAGCUCACGGCGACCGUCGGUACAUGUUACUGGUUUGGUUCUCCGGUUUAUAAGUUUGGUUAUGUGUUUCGGCUCUGCUCUUUCGUUGGCAGUGAAUGUUCAUCGGACUUCACAGAGUCAGAGACAACGGAGACCAAGCUCCUCGAGUUUUGCUUCAUAUCCUGAACUAUUGUAA